UUUAUUAUUUAUUUCCAAUAUUCACAUUGCUGUGAAUUAAAUGUCGUUGCUGCUAAUACAGAUGUCUGCGUUGAGACACCUCUUAAUAUACCAGUGAUUACUACUUAUGGCAACAAGACGUACUAUUUUGAAGUUAAUAAUCAGAUGAACUGGCAUAAUGCUUAUUUAGCUUGUAAGCAAUACAAUAUGGAAUUGAUAACUAUUGAUUCGGAUGCAGAAUUCGAUUAUAUACGUGAAUUUAUCAACAGUCUAACUGCCACUAAUAAAGUAAGCGUUUGGACUUCUGGCAAUGAUUUGGGAACUGAAGGUGAAUAUAAGUGGAUGAGCAAUGGUCGCGGAGUUUAUUCCAGCCGUUGGCACAACGGGCAACCCACCAAUGCUGGUGGUAUAGAAGAUUGUAUCCAUUUCUGGUAUUUUAACAAUAUAUAUUUACUUAACGAUGCCAAGUGCGCUGAUAAUAUGUCAUUUAUUUGUCAAAGUAUUAAGAAAUCUUGUAGCAGCGCUCAGAAGAGCUGUUAGUGGUGGUAACACAACAAUAAUACAAUUUUAAUUGUAACAU